AUGAGUCGAAGGACUGUACAAAGGUGUGAAUCCCAUCGAGAUUUUCGUUAUCCGAAGUUAUUAUCAUACGUACCAGUCGUUAUCUAUACCAGAAAUUCAUUUUUAGGAGUUGAAGGAGAGAGAUGGAUUCUUUGUCUACGAGCAGUGUUUGGAGCAAUUACCAUAGGAACAGGUUACUACCCCCUCCAACUGAUUCCGUUGGCGGAUGCUUCAACUAUAAUAUUUAGCAGCCCAGCGUUAGUGGUUAUUUUUGCCUGUAUUUUGCUGAAAGAACCAUGUGGUCUAUUUCAAGUAUUCAUAGUUAUUAUGUCAUUAACAGGUGUAAUUCUUAUAUCUAGACCAUCUUUCUUAUUUGGAGUUACUUUAACAGACAAGGUUAGCUCAGCACAUCGCCUCCAGGGUUCUAUUAUGGCGUUAUGCUCGUGUAUAUCGGCAGCCUUGGUCUUGGUAUCCAUGCGAAAAAUACAGAAAACCCCAGCACCCGUAAUUAUAUGCGCAGUUUCCAUUCCAUCCAUUACCUUUGGUUUGGUGUAUCUCUUUAUUGUGAGUAAGUUUAGUAUUCCUACUUGUGGAAAGGAUGGAGUUCUUAUAAUUUUUUGUGGACUCUUUGGAACAUGUGCACAGUUUUUCUUCACAACUGCGCUGAAAUUAGAAGAUGCUGGAACCGUGUCUGUAGCGAGGACAAUCGAUAUAGUUCUGGCUUUUGUUUUUGGAGUAUCAUUUCUUGGCCAAUAUCCAUCAUGGACUAGCACCAGAACUGAAUCACUAUUUAAAUACACAACCUAUAACAGGAUCCAAAGCCAG